AUGUCGAAUAUUACUCCAACAUUCCACAAGACUCAAACUCAAGACGGUGUGAAGGUCUGGUACCGUGAGGCAGGUGAAAGAGGGAACCCCAUAAUUGUUUUACUACAUGGGUUCCCCACAUCUUCUAACAUGUUCAGAAACCUCAUUCCUUUAUUGGCUAGACACUUCCAUGUCAUUGCCCCAGAUUUGCCCGGGUUUGGCUUCUCAGAGACACCGGAUGACUACGACUUCAGUUUUGACGCGUUAAGUGACACAAUUGGAUAUUUGCUUGACACUUUGAGUAUCGAUAGGUACUUUAUUUAUAUAUUUGAUUAUGGUUCUCCGGUAGGCUUCCGGUUAGCCUUGAAAAAUCCUUCCAAAAUUAGAGGGGUUAUCACUCAAAAUGGCAAUGCUUACGAAGAGGGUCUUGACGACCGCUUUUGGGGUCCUUUGAAGGAGUAUUGGAAGUCAUAUCAAAGUGACCCGAAAUUUGUCAAAGCUCUCUCUUCAUACAUCCAGGAUCCUGCCAAUGUCAUCUCUCAGUACCAUGGCGGAGUUGCGAAUACUGAGUCUGUUGAUCCUGCUGCUUAUACGCUGGACAUUGCGCUCAUUCAGCGUGUAGGUCAAACUGACAUUCAAUUGAAGUUGUUCUUUGAUUACCAAAAAAAUGUCAAGUUGUAUCCCGAAUUUCAACGGUUUCUAAGAGAUUCGAACAUUCCCGUUCUAGUUGCUUGGGGUCGAAAUGACACCAUCUUUAGUGUUUCCGGCGCUGAAGCCUACCGGAAAGAUGUCAAAAAUUUAAAGAUUGUUUACUAUGAUACCGGCCAUUUUGCUCUUGAGACUCACGUAGUUAAUAUUGCUAAGCAAAUUAUCAGCGUCUUUGGAGAGAAGGCUUGA